GAGGGGACGUUUCCCGUUCACACCAAAGUUUCCCUGGCGGCGGGCGCCCAAACUCGGGCUCAGCCGCUGCCCCUCUUGCCCAUGGAACCAGCUUUGGGGCCUGGGGUCCAGAAGGACCUGGGCUACCUGCAGCAGUGGCUGAAGGCCUUCGUGGGUGCCUUCGAGAACAGCAUCUCGCUGUCCUCUCUGGAGCCACGCAGGCCGCAGGAGGCGGGUGCUGAGGUACCGCUGCUGCCCCUGGACGCGCUGCAUGUCCUGGCCGAGCAGCUGGACGCGGGGGACCCGGAGCAAGCCCUGCUGCUGCUCAGGCUCUUCAUCGUCCUCUGCAGGAACCUGGAGAAUGUAGAGGCCGGUUGGGGCCAGGUGCUACUGCCCCGGGUGCUGGCCUUGCUGACCCGGUUGAUGGCAGAGCUGAAAGGAACCCCAGCAUCACAGGAGGGCCGUGGGCUGCUGCUGGAGAACGUGGCCCUGCACGCCCUGCUUCUCUGUGAGGGCCUCUUUGACCCCUACCAGACCUGGCGGCGCCAGCACAGUGGGGAAGUCAUCAGUUCCAAGGAGAAGAGCAAGUACAAGUUCCCUCCAGCGGCUUUGCCCUGUGAAUUCAGCGCCUUUUUCCGAGAGAGCCUGCAGGGGGCAGAUGGCUUGCCCCCCAUGCUGCUGCUUCGCCUCGUCCACCUGUUCGGGGCUAUCCUCGCGGGAGGGAAGGAGAACGGGCAGAUGGCCGUGAGCGCUGGCUCCGUGCAGGGCCUGUUGGGUGUGGUACGGGGCUGGGACCAUGGGCCGGCGCAGGACCCCCACCUGGUGCCCCUGGCGCUGGAGGCGCUCGUGGGGGCCGUACAUGUCUUGCAUGCCAGCCGCACGCCCCCCCGUGGGCCAGAGCUCCGCACCCUGCUUGAGGGCUACUUCCGCAUCCUUAAUGCCGACUGGCCAGCGGGCCCAAGCCCAGGCCCCGAAGAGGCCCUUGUCGCCCUACGGGUCAGCAUGCUCGACGCCAUCCCCCGGAUGCUGGCGUGCGAGGACCGGCCGGUGCUGCAGGCCACCUUCCUGAGCAACAAUUGCUUCGAACACCUUACUCGCCUCAUCCAGAACAGCAAGCUGUACCUGCAGGCCCGGGCGCCCCCUGAGGGGGACAGUGACCUGGCUACCCGGUUACUGACCGAGCCCGAUGUCCAGAAGGUUCUGGACCAGGACACAGACGCCAUCGUAGUACACGUGGUCCGAGUGCUGACCUCCAUUAUGAGCGGCUCCCCCUCAGCCAAGGAGGUGUUUAAGGAGCGCAUCGGCUACCCGCACCUGCUCGAGGUUCUGCAGAGCCAUGGCCCCCCUACCCGCAGGCUGCUGCAGGAGCUCCUCAACAUGGCUGUGGAAGGUGACCACAGUGGAUGUCCACCGCCACCGAUUGUCAAUGAGCAGCCCGUGCUUCUGCUGAUGCAGUGGCUGCCCGCCCUGCCCACGGCGGAGCUGCGGCUCUUCCUCGCACAGCACCUCCGCUGGCUCUGUGACAGCUGCCCUGCCAGCCGGGGCACGUGUGUGCAGGCCGGUCUGGUGGGCCACCUGCUGGAGACCCUCGCCGCCGGGGUCGCCUUGGGGGCCCACUGCCAAGAGCAGCUUCUGGCGUUGCUGCAAGCCUUGGGCCGAGUGUCCCUGAGGCCCUUGGAGCUGCGCCGUCUGCUGCGCCCGCCACCAGCGCUGGACUCGGAGCCCAGCGGGACAGAGGCUGGGAAGGCCAGACACGCGGGGGCCAUCAUCCGUGCAUUGUCAGGCAUGGCCCGGCGCCAGGGCCCCGCGAGAGCCCUGCACUACUUUGAUCUCACGCCCAGCAUGGCGGGGAUUAUGGUGCCCCCCGUGCAGCGCUGGCCGGGACCCGGCUUCACCUUCCAUGCCUGGAUCUGUCUGUACCCUGCAGCUGCGGCCCCUGCCCCAGCCCCCUCCCGGCCACUCCAGCGAAAGCAGCUCUAUAGCUUCUUCACCAGCAGCGGCUCAGGGUUCGAGGCCUUCUUCACGGCUGCUGGGACACUGGUGGUGGCCGUGUGCACCCGGAAGGAGUACUUGACCAUGAGCUUGCCUGAAGUGUCCUUUGCUGACUCCGCCUGGCACUGCGUGGCCAUUGUCCAUGUGCCUGGGCGCCGGCCCUUCAGCCAGAACCUGGUCCACGUCUACAAAGACGGCCAGCUGGUCCAGACGGCAGCCCUUCGCUGCCCCUCCCUCAGUGAGCCUUUCUCCUCCUGCUGUAUUGGCUCCGCUGGGCACCGCACGACGACCACCACCACGGGGCUGCCUACGCCACCAGUCCCCACAGCCCUGGCGCCCCCUCACCCCUCCCUCUCCCGCUCACAGUCGGUCCCGGCCACUGCAGGGCUUGGCUGGGGGUCCGGGCUGGUGACCCCCUUGCAGGAGGGCAGCAUCAGCUCCACCCUUGCAGGCACACAGGACACCCGGUGGGGCAGCCCUACGUCCCUGGAGGGUGAGCUGGGGGCCGUGGCCAUCUUCCAUGAAGCCCUGCCCGCGUCGGCCCUGCGGGCCCUGUUCACCUUAGGGCCCAAGGAGAUGGCACCCUUCAAGCCCGAGGGUGAGCUGCACGAGCUUAGCACCAAGCUGCUCCUCCAUUACUUACCUCAGGCCUGUAGGAACAACAUCUGCCUGGACCUGUCCCCUGGCCAUGGGCUGGAUGGCCGCCUGACGGGCCACAGGGUGGAGACCUGGGAUGUGAAGGAUGUGGUGACUUGUGUGGGAGGCAUGGCUGCCCUGCUGCCCCUGCUGGAGCGAGUGGCCUCCCAGCCCCAGGAGGCCGAGGCAGGUCCAGCUGAGACACAUGACCUCGUGGGGCCUGAGCUGACCUCCGCCCACAAUACCCAGGGCCUGCUUCUCCCACUGGGCAAGUCCUCAGAGGUGCGCAUGGAGAGGAAUGCCGUGGCCGCCUUCCUGCUGAUGCUGCGGAAUUUCCUGCAGGGCCAUGUGGGGAACCAGGAGAGCCUGGUGCAGUGCCAGGGGCCGGCCAUCAUUGGAGCCCUCCUGCGCAAGGUCCCCAGCUGGGCCAUGGACAUGAACGUGCUCAUGUCUGCGCAGCUGCUGAUGGAGCAGGUGGCUGCAGAGGGCGGCGGGCCCCUCCUCUACCUGCUCUACCAGCACGUGCUCUUCCACUUCCACCUCUGGAGCCCCAGUGACUUUGCCGUGCGCCUCGGCCACAUCCAGUACAUGUCCAGCAUCGUCCGGGAGCACAGACAGAAGCUACGGAAGAAGUACGGGGUCCAGUUCAUCUUGGACGCGUUGCGCACCCAUUACAGCCCGCCGCGGGAGCUCCCCCUAGUGGCCGACGAUGUGCGCACAGUGCAGACUUCGCUCCUGGGCCUGGUGCGGGAGUUCCUGGUUCGGAGCUCAGCAGCUGAGGACAUGCAGGUGGUGCUUAGUUUUCUGGUGGCCUCCACUGAUGAUGGUCAGGUGGUGGGAGCCCUGGACCUGUUCCUGGCGCUGCUGCAGGGCUCGCCGGCACAGGAGUCUCUGGCCGUCUUCCUCGUGGAGCCAGGGAACCUUGAGGUGCUGUUGGCUCUGCUGGUCCGGCCGAGGUCACGGCCCCUGGUGCCUGACCGGGUCUGCAAGAUCCUGCGAAAACUGCAGCAGAAUGAGCGCUUACCUGAGCGGAGCCGCCAGCGCCUCCGGCUACGAGAGUACGGUCUGCAGGGACUCGUCGCCUGCCUGCCGGAGGGGGCUGCUUCCCCCCAGCUCUGCCAGGGCCUCUACAGGCUAUUCCUGGGAGCAGAUUGCCUGAAUCUCUCAGAUCUGUUGGCUGUGGUACAGCUGUCCCUCCAGGCUGACCUCAGCGUCCGCCUGGACAUUUGUCGCCAGCUCUUCCACCUCAUCUACGGACAGCCAGACAUAGUGCGGCUGCUGGCCCGACAGGCUGGCUGGCAGGACGUGCUGACCCGGCUAUAUGUCCUGGAGGCGGCCACAGCUGGCAGUCCCCUGCCCUUCUCCCCAGAGCCACCCACCUCCCCAGACCCAGCCCUAUGCCAGCCGCCCACUGAGUCGCCUGAGACUUCGGACGUUUUCCUCCCCUCGGAGACCCCCAGCCCUGACCCUGACGCCUUCUACCACGCUCUCUCCCCGUUUUGUACACCCUUUGACCUGGGCCUGGAACGGGCCAGCGUGGGGUCGUGCAACACCGGCGGCGGUGGCAGCGGCACUCUUACUCCCGCCAGCCAGCCUGGCACCCCUUCCCCUCUGGAUGGGCCCCGGCCCUUCCCUGUGGCCCACGGCCGCCACAGCUCCAGUCUCUCCAACGUGCUAGAGGACGGCAGCCUCCCGGAGCCCACCAUCAGUGGGGACGAUACCUCAAACACCAGCAACCCUCAGCAAACCUCCGAGGAGGAACUGUGCAACCUGCUCACCAAUGUGCUGUUCUCGGUGACGUGGCGUGGCGUGGAAGGCAGCGACGAGGCCGCGUGGCGGGAGCGCGGCCAGGUCUUCUCAGUGCUCACCCAGCUGGGGGCCUCAGCCACGCUCGUGCGGCCGCCCGACUGCAUCAAGCGCAGCCUUCUGGAGAUGAUGCUGGAGUCAGCCCUGACCGACAUCAAGGAGGCCCCCGUGGGGGUCCUGGCCAGCCUCACCCAGCAGGCGCUCUGGCUGCUACGCCUGCUGCAGGACUUCCUGUGUGCGGAGGGCCACGGGAACCAGGAGCUGUGGAGUGAGAAGCUCUUCGAGGGCGUGUGCAGUCUGCUGGACCGCCUGGGGGCCUGGCCGCACCUGGCCAACGGCACGGCGGAUCUCCGAGAGAUGGCCCAGAUUGGCCUGCGCCUAGUGCUUGGCUACAUCCUGCUGGAGGACCCGCAGCUGCAUGCCCAGGCCUAUGUGAAGCUGCACUGGCUGCUGCAGACCGCGGCAGUGCCCAUGCGGCGGGAGGAGGCCUGCUAUGUGCUCUCCAAGCUGGAGGCGGCACUGGCACGGGCGCUGAACACCUUCCCGUCAAAAACGACCACUGAGGACACGGAGCCCCCAGGGGCAGCGGCCGCAGCAACUGAACGCUGCUCAUGGCUGGUGCCCCUGGUGCGCACGCUGCUGGAUCGGGCCUAUGGGCUGCUGGGCCUCCAGUGGGGACUGCCUUCCUUGCCGCCAACCAACGGCAGCCCCACCUUCUUCGAGGACUUCCAGGUCUUCUGUGCCACACCUGAAUGGCGCCACUUCAUCGACAAGCAGGUGCAGCCCACCAUGUCGCAGUUCGAAAUGGACACUUACGCGAAGAGCCACGACCUCAUGUCAGGCUUCUGGAACGCCUGCUAUGACAUGCUCAUGAGUAGUGGACAGCGGCGCCAGCGGGAGCGGGCACACAGCCGGCGGGCUUUCCAGGACCUGGUGCUGGAACCUGCGCAGAGGCGGGGACGCCUGGAAGGGCUGCGCUAUGCAGCGGCACUGAAGCAGCAGUCCACGCAACACUCCACCGCUCUGCUGCACUGGGGGGCCCUGUGGCGGCAGCUCUCCAGCCCCUGCGGGGCCUGGGCCCUGAGGGACCCACCUGUUCCACGCUGGAAGCUGUCCAGUGCCGAGACAUACUCGCGCAUGCGUCUGAAGCUAGUGCCCAACCAUCACUUCAACCCUCAUCUGGAAGCGAGUGCUCUGCGCGACAACCUGGGUGAGGCCCCCCUGACCCCGACGGAGGAGGCCUCGCUGCCUCUAGCGGUGACCAAGGAGGCCAAAGUCAGUGCCCUCCCCGAGGAGCUGCAGGAAGACCAGCUGGGCGAAGAUGAGCUGGCUGCUCUGGAGAAAGCGAUGCAGGCGGCGGAACUGGACGAGCAGCAUGAGAAGCUGGUGCUUUCCGCGGAGUGCCAGCUGGUCACAGUGGUGGCCGUGAUCCCAGGGCUGCUGGAGAUCACUACCCAGCACGUGUACUUCUAUGAUGGCAGCGCUGAGCGUGUGGAAACAGAGGAGGGCAUUGGCCACGACUUCCGGCGCCCGCUCGCCCAGCUGCGUGAGGUCCACCUGCGGCGUUUCAACCUGCGCCGCUCAGCACUUGAGCUCUUCUUCAUUGAUCAGGCGAACUACUUCCUCAACUUCCCCUGCAAGGUACGGAACCAGGUAUACUCAUUGCUCCUGCGCCUCCGACCCCCGAGCCAAGGCUACCUAAGCAGCCGUUCCCCCCAAGAGAUGCUGCGUGCCUCGGGCCUCAUCCAGAAAUGGGUCCAGCGUGAGAUCUCCAACUUCGAGUACUUGAUGCAACUCAACACCAUUGCAGGGCGAACCUACAACGACCUGUCCCAGUAUCCUGUGUUCCCCUGGGUCCUGCAGGACUACGUGUCUCCAACUUUGGACCUCAGCAACCCAGCCGUCUUCCGGGACCUGUCCAAGCCCAUCGGUGUGGUGAACCCCAAGCAUGCCCAGCUCGUGAGGGAGAAGUACGAGAGCUUCGAGGACCCGGCGGGCACCAUCGACAAGUUCCACUACGGCACCCACUAUUCCAACGCCGCAGGCGUGAUGCACUACCUCAUCCGUGUGGAACCCUUCACCUCCCUGCACGUCCAGCUGCAGAGUGGCCGCUUUGACUGCUCCGACCGGCAGUUCCACUCAGUGGCGGCAGCCUGGCAGGCCCGCCUGGAGAGCCCUGCCGAUGUGAAGGAGCUCAUCCCGGAGUUCUUCUACUUCCCCGACUUCCUGGAGAACCAGAACGGCUUCGACCUGGGCUGCCUCCAGCUGACCAACGAGAAGGUGGGUGACGUGGUGCUGCCGCCGUGGGCCAGCUCCCCCGAGGACUUCAUCCAGCAGCACCGCCAGGCCCUGGAGUCCGAGUACGUGUCUGCCCACCUGCAUGAGUGGAUCGACCUCAUCUUUGGCUACAAGCAGCGGGGACCGGCCGCGGAGGAGGCCCUCAACGUCUUCUAUUACUGCACCUACGAGGGGGCCGUGGACCUGGACCACGUGGUGGAUGAGCGGGAACGGAAGGCUCUGGAGGGCAUCAUCAGUAAUUUCGGGCAGACUCCUUGUCAGCUGCUGAAGGAGCCACAUCCCGCUCGGCUCUCCGCUGAGGAAGCAGCCCAGCGCCUUGCACGUCUGGACACUAACUCACCUAGCAUCUUCCAGCACCUGGACCAGCUCAAGGCCUUCUUUGCGGAGGUCAUCAGUGAUGGCGUGCCCCUGGUGCUGGCCCUAGUCCCCCACCGGCAGUCCCACUCCUUCACCAUCCAGGGCUCCUCAGACCUGUUGGUGACCGUGAGCGCCAGUGGGCUGCUGGGCAUCCACAGCUGGCUGCCCUAUGACCGGAACAUAAACAACUACUUCAGCUUCAGCAAAGACGCCACCAUAGGCAGUUCCAAGAUGCAACGACUGCUGAGCGGUCCGUGGGUGCCAGACCGUGGUGUGGAUGGGCAAGCUCUGGCAGUGGCCCCCGAUGGAAAGCUGCUGUUCAGUGGUGGCCACUGGGACGGCAGCCUGCGAGUGACCGCACUACCGAAGGGCAAGCUGUUGAAACAGCUCCACUGCCACCUGGAUGUAGUGACCUGCCUCGCACUGGACACCUGUGGCAUCUACCUCAUCUCAGGCUCCCGGGACACCACAUGCAUGGUGUGGCGGCUCCUGCAGGAGGGUGGUUUCUCGGUGGGACUGGCAUCAAAGCCCGUGCAGGUCCUCUACGGGCACGAGGCUGCUGUGAGCUGUGUGGCCAUCAGUACCGAACUCGACAUGGCUGUUUCUGGAUCUGAGGAUGGAAUUGUGAUCAUCCACACCGUACGUCGUGGCCAGUUUGUGGCAGCGCUGCGGCCCCCAGGGGCCAUGUUGCCUGGACCUGUGUCCCAUCUGGUGCUGGGGUCUGAGGGCCAGAUUGUGGUACAGAGCUCAGCGUGGGAGCGUGUAGGGGCUCAGGUCACCUACUCCUUGCACCUGUACUCCGUGAAUGGGAAGUUACGGGCUUCAUUGCCCCUGGUCGAGCAGCCCACAGCCCUGGCAGUGACAGAGGACUUUGUUCUGCUGGGCACAGCCCAGUGCGCCCUGCACAUCCUUCACCUGAACAAGCUGCUCCCGGCUGCUCCUCCCCUACUCAUGAAGGUGCCUAUCCGCAGCGUGGCUGUGACCAAGGAGUGCAGCCACGUGCUUGUGGGCCUUGAGGACGGCAAGCUUAUUGUGGUGGGCGCUGGGCAGCCCUCUGAGGCGCGCAGCAGCCAGUUCGCGCGGAAGUUGUGGCGGUCCUCCAGGCGCAUCUCACAGGUGUCCUCGGGGGAGACAGAGUACAACCCAGGAGAGGCGCGCUGACAGCCGCCCCGCCCCACCGCGCAGGCUCCGCCCCCAGAAGCCUCCGCCCGUGGAGGCCCCGCCCAGGAGUCGGCGGGAAUCCGGAGGAGGAGACCACGCCGCGGCCCUCGGCCCGGCUCCGGGGGUGGGCGGGACCCCACCCCCGCCCAACUCAGGGAUUGGUGGGCGGUUCACUCCAGGAAGUCCCGCCCCUCGCCGGCAGAGGGGCCGCCAGGAGUGUGGCACUGGCCUCCGCGGCCGCACAGCACUUUUUUGCACAGUGUGGGGAGGGAGCCCAGGCUCCCAAACCCCGCGUCCCCGUGGAGCAGGGGCCGGGCUGUGGCCUUAAUCUCUAAAAGCGGCCCCCCGCGCUCCCGCGCUCGGCAAUAAACCUGGCCUACUUUUGUA